CUUUAUAAGACAGGUCGGGAGAUGCAGGAGAGGAUCAUGGACCUGCUCAUAGUGGUGGAGAAUGAAGAUGUAACUGUUGAGCUAAUUCAAGUGAAUGAGGAUUUGAAUAACGCCCUCCUUGGAUGUGAGAGAUUCACUCGGAACCAACAAAGGAUUUUGGAGCAAAAUAGGAACCAGAGGGAAGAUGCCAAUACUGCCAGUGAACCUUCUGCCCCAUCCUGUGAUCUCUUGGGCCUUAGGCUCAGUCCUCCAAUGCCUAGGGCCUCUCUGGGAGAACUCAACACCACAAAUGCUCAGCUUUCAGACUUAAAUUUCAGCUCUCCAAGUCCUGUUGUAACAAACAACUUGAACCCCAGUCUUCAUCCACAGGUGGAUUUACUAGCCUUGGAAAAUACAGAAACACCCCUGUUUGCCCAAAGGACCAGCCAGAACAGCACCUCAAGUCCUACAUAUGAAAGUUUUCCAGAAUAUUCAAAUUCAGUACUACAGCCAGUUAGUCUGCAGAACAUUCCAGCAACACUGUCAAGCCAGAGACUGCCUUCCUUGCCCAGCAAUCAUCCAGCAAUGACAAAGAAUGAUCUCCAGCCACCCAAUUACUACAAGGUAAUGGAGUUUGAUCCCUUAGCUCCUGCUGUCGCUACAGAAGCUGUUUAUGAAGAAAUUGAUGUUCAUCACCAGAAAGGAGCUCCAAGUCAUAGUGACUGUUGAGGUGAAAGUGGAUGACCAGCUCACUAACUACAUUAGAGGUGCCAACUCUAAAAUGUAGACCCUGUGCAGCUUUGAGGCCCAGAAGACAAGACCUACCAGCACAUCAGAAGCUUGGUGGAACAUUUUUCCUGGGCAAUAAUGAAGUUUCACAGAAGAGUAACAGUUCCAGAGGAAUAUUUACGCUUCCAGACCACAGUUUAAACUUUAUCUCAAAAGAACUUGGGUUAACAUAUAUUCACUUAAAACUUCAGAAGAAAAAUCCAUUGUACUGAGGCCAGGUAGUUUAAUGAUAGCAUCUUAGGUUUCACAGGGCUUCCUACCUUUAGAAAAGAAAUCCUCACACAGCUGUGAUGAGUAGAUGAAGAUUUUUAUUACAAAAUAAUUAUGAAGACUUUUGAGUGCCUUCAUUUAACUAAGUUGAAUGUAAAAGUCAAUUUGUACUUUUUUAUAAAUAAUACUUGUUUAGAAUUAGAAUUAUAACUUGUAAAAGCCUUCAUGAUUUAUAUUUCAGGUACCCUGAAGAGGUCACUGGACUGUUCAUUAAAGUUGCCUUGAAAUAUGAUUCUUUAUAAUACUAGAUGAUCUUUUUUCUCCCCUUUUUACUGUAAUAUUUCUAUUUGGAACAAACACUACUGGAAAACAUUCAGAAUAAAUUGUGCAUUCAUUUAUGUCAUAAAUUACAAUGACAAAUUACUAUUAAAACAA